AUGGAAAGUUUUUCUGGAAUGUCUCGUUUAUGCCAUAAUUUUGUAGAUGUAGCUGAUAAUUCACACCAAGAUUUAUGUGUAUGCAACAUUUGUAAAAGAUUGUUACAUAAACCUAUAUUACUUAAUAAUUGUCAUCAUUUGUUUUGUGCAACAUGCAUUUUUCCAAACAAAAUUGGAAAAUUAGAAACAGAAACUAAAUGCAUAACAUGUUGCUCUAAUAUAACUCUAGGUAGUAUCUUGAAAGCAACGUCAAUGCAAACUAUACUUGAGAAUUUAGUUAUAAAGUGUUGUAAUAAUACAUGCGAAGAAAAUUUUACUGCAAAAAAUAUAAACUAUAAAGAAGAACCUGAAAAAACAUGUAAAGCUAUACAUUUUAAAGUGACUCCAAAGAUCUAUAAAACUUCAAAUAGUAUAAGCCAGAAAACUGUUAAAAGGUGUCAAAAUCAAAUACACCAAUCACUUAUUGAAAAUGCAGGACCACUAAAAAAAGCAAAAAUAAAUCAAGCAGCACUUAUGCUUAAUUCUUUUAAUAAAAAUGAUAAAGUUAAUAUACUGAAAAAAGCGAAAAUCCCCCAAGUUCAGAUAGCCUCAGAAGAUAUUGUAUCACUAAAGGCAGAUUGUGGUUUACCUUGA